AUGGGUUUGGAUCUACAGAAUCAGGGAAUGGAAUGUCCAGUGAAGAUCUCUAAGCCCCAGUCCAACAAUAUUUCAGAAAUUGUUUCCAAAUUUGCCAAAGCUUGUAGAUAUAGGUCCAUUGGGGUGUUUAGCUCUGAAAACCCUAACUUGAAUUACCAUGGUCUAUCAUAUGGUCCCUUGGUAACUGAGGAGAGUGGUAGUGAUGCAACUGAGGAAGGUGAAUUGAAUGCGGUUAAAGUUCAUCCCGAGCCCGUUGGGGUUCGGGGUGAAGUGAAGAGUAGCGGUGACGGGGAGAUCUUGAAGGUGUUUGAUGCGGUUUCUGCGUUGAAAUUGGCUUAUGUUCAGCUCCAGCAGGCUCACGUGCCUUAUGAUCCCGAUAAAAUCCGGGCUGCAGAUGAGGCUAUUGUGUCUCAGCUCGAAUCGCUGUGCAGGAUUAAGCAAGCUUACAAAGGGAGGCAGAUGAAGGGGUCGAAAUCUGCCUCUGCUUGUUCGACGCUUUUACAUGGAGAAGAAAUCCGGGUUCGAGAGAAGCUUUUGAAUGAAUUGAAGUUCGGGGUCAAAGAAAAGGAGUCUAAGGUGGUUGCUUUGCAGCAGGAGCUUCGGGAUUCAGUGUCGAGGAAUAAGAAGUUGGGUGAGGAGCUUAGGAAUAGAGAGGAGGAUGUUAAGGUUUUGAGUUUCUCGUACGUGGAGGAAAUUGUAGGAGCGGUGUCGAAGGCUAUACACGACUUCGCCAAGCCAUUAAUCACCUUGAUGAAGGUCUCGGGCUGGGAUUUAGACCAAGCAGCUAACUCGAUUCAAGGCUCGGUUGUUUACUCCAAGAGGUCCCAUAAAAAAUAUGCAUUCGAAGCCUAUAUUGCUCGGAGAAUGUUUCAUAGAUUCUCAUUCCAAUCGUCAAGUCUUGAUACUCCGAAGAAGUAUGACGACCCAAUUGAUGCCCUAAUCGAAGAUCCAAACUCAAGUUUCGCCACAUAUUGCCGAGAAAAGUAUCUAUCAAUAGUUCAUCCCGCAAUGGAACUAGCCUUCUUUGGCAAUCUCGACCAUCGCACAUUUGUGAGCAACGGAUUUCAUCCACCAACGCCUUUCUAUGCAGCAUUCGUCAAAAUGGCCCGAUCUGUUUGGAUUCUUCAAGGCACCGCUGCAUCGGUGCAACCAAGUUGUGACAUAUUUAGAGUAGAGCGAGGGCGCGAGUUCUCGAAUCUUUACAUGGAGUAUGUGGAGGAAAUAAGCGAAGAUAACGUUCCAUCAAACAAGGAGCAAGAAAGGCUCAAAGUCGAAUUCAUGGUCAUGCCCGGAUUCAUAAUUGGUGACAACAUUAUCAAGUCUCGGGUUUAUCUAUCAAAAACAUGA